AUGGAGAAAGAUGAGAUAAUCACCGACGCCAACGUCCAGAAAGAAGGCUUAGUCCGAGAUGAAGUUCUUCAAGAUGCGGGUCAUAACCUGUGCCUUCGUGCAGUGAGCCCAGUGCAUGUCAGCGUGAGCAAACUUUCAAUUGACCUUGACACGACGCCGCCACUAUGGAAGACCUCACCUUCCAGACUGAGGGAUCGCAUCCGCGGUCAACAAAAUGAAGCCACCUCGAAACGGGUUUUAGAUGGAGUCAGUGCGGAGAUGCCAAGCGGUAGCUUGACAGCUAUCAUCGGCAGCAGUGGCUCGGGGAAAACCUCUCUCCUCAAUCUCAUGGCUAGCCGCAUGUCUACUUGCAAGAUGAAGGUGUCGGGAUCGACUACCUUCAAUGGAAACGCCGACAUUGACAGCAUUCGCAGUGCCUACAUCAUGCAGGAGGAUAUCCUUAUCCCCACAUUGACCGUCCGCGAAACGUUACGCUACUCGGCUGAUCUCCGCUUACCGCCACCGACAACCCAGGAAGAACGAAAUGCUAUCGUGGAGCAGAUCAUUCUGGAACUGGGACUCAAGGAGUGUGCUGAGACAAGCAUUGGGACGACUGCGCAUAAGGGCUGCAGCGGUGGGGAAAAGCGACGAACAAGUAUCGGGGUGCAGCUGUUGGCCAACCCAUCUGUGUUAUUCUGUGAUGAGCCGACCACCGGAUUGGAUGCAACCAGUGCAUUCCAGAUCAUACGUACACUGAAGCGACUCGCACAGGACGGGAGAACCAUCCUGGUCUCCAUCCAUUCGCCCCGAUCUGAGAUCUGGAGCCUUUUCGACAAUGUGAUCCUACUGGCUCGAGGAUCUGCUCUAUACAGUGGCCCCGCGAGCGAAUCACUACCUCACUUUGAACAAUGUGGUCAUAUUAUUCCACCCUUCGUGAACCCCGCAGAAUUCUUAAUCGACUUGGCUGCAAUUGAUAACCGAACUGAAGCCUCAGAAGCCGCAUCAUACAUUCGUGUUGAUUGUCUUCGCGAAGUAUGGCAGAAGCUGCCAGAAAAAGGCCUGCCUCACCAGGAAAAAAAGCAGGGAGCUGUGGCAUGUCUCGGUUCUGUGGACUCUGGAGCAAUGAAGAAGGUGCCAUUCAGCCAACAACUACGCGUCUUGACCUCCCGCACCUUCAUAACCACCAUUCGAGACCCACUUGGUGUUGCCGGUAGUUUACUUGAAGCCAUUAGCAUGGGUGUCGUCAAUGGUUGGAUCUUCUUGCAGCUUGAUGGGAGCCUGGCCGGGAUUCGUUCACGAGAAGGUAGCCUGUAUACGGCUUGCAGUCUAAAUGGUUAUCUCAUACUACUAUAUGAGAUCUAUCGACUAACGAUUGAUAUUCGACUAUUUGAUCGCGAACGCAAUGAAGGCGUGGUCAGUGUUCCAGCGUUCUUGCUCAGUCGCCGAAUUGCCCGAUUUCCGCUUGAGGAUCUACCUGUGCCGCUUCUAUUCUCCAUUAUCUUUUAUUUCAUGGUAGGCUAUCGUCUUGAGGCGGCAAAAUUCUUCAUUUUCUUCUUCCUCGCCCUACUCACACACUACAUUGCCGUCACCUUUGCAGCAGUGGCAGUUAGCCUGACAAGGAACUUUUCCGGUGCCACCCUGGUUGCUAAUUUAUCUUUCACCGUGCAAUCAUUUGCCUGCGGGUACUUUGUUCAAGCGAAUCAGAUACCAGUAUAUGUGAGGUGGCUCAAGUGGUGUGCAUACACAUUUUACGUGUUUGGAGCACUGUGUGCAAAUGAGUUCAUUGGACUUGAUGAUUCUGACCUGGGCCAGUUCUAUGACUGCCCAUAUUCCCAGGACCCGCUUGAUCCAGCUUGCAAAGAGUACACCGGACGAUACAUCAUGAACAGUCUGGGAAUGCCAAAUAAUUGGAUAUGGCGACCCAUCGUGGUGCUUAUUGCAUUCGUGAUAGCUCACUAUUUUCUGGCUGGCUUGAUACUGCAGUAUAAUCGCUUCGAGAUUGACAUUGCGCAGGCUCGAAAGACAGACGUAAAUCCCGGGAAGGCCAAACUAGCGAUUCGCCCAACUGAAGAAGUGCGGAGACUGGCCAUUUCACUGGAUCGGUAUGCUUUGGAGAUUCGAAAGCGUAGAUAUCCCUGGCAAGAAACUCAAGUCUUGAGGAUUUUGAAGCCUAUCACUGCCGCGUUUCAUCCAGGAGAGUUGAAUAUUAUCAUGGGACCAUCGGGGAGUGGCAAGACAUCGUUACUCAAUUCAAUAGCGUGUCGAUUGCAAGGGUCUAUCGAAACUCAUUAUCAUGUCCAUGGCCGAAUGCUCUACAAUGGGGCCGUACCAUCGGACACCGUGAUUCGCUCCGUGACCUCCUUCGUCACACAGGACGACGAUGCAUUGAUGCCAUCUCUGACCGUUCGAGAGAGCUUGAGAUUUGCAGCAGGGUUGCGGUUGCCUAUCUGGAUGACACGAGAAGAAAAGAACCGACGAGCGGAGGAGGUCUUGAUUAAAAUGGGACUCAAAGAAUGCGCUGACAACUUAAUCGGCGGUGAACUCGUCAAAGGCAUUAGCGGAGGAGAGAAGCGCCGAGUUACGAUCGCCAUCCAGAUCCUCACGGACCCGAAGGUGUUGCUGCUUGAUGAACCAACAUCAGGUCUGGAUGCCUUUACGGCCAUGUCCAUCAUCGAGGUCUUACAUGGUCUCGCAGCCGAGGGUCGAACACUGAUCAUGACCAUUCACCAGUCGCGCUCCGAUCUUGUCAGUCAUUUUUCCCAGGUCUUGCUUCUAGCGCGAGGCGGAUACCCUGUAUACGCCGGACCGGGGCAACAAAUGCUUCCACACUUUGCAGGGCUGGGAUACAACUGCCCGCAGACGACCAAUCCAGCGGAUUUUGUCCUGGACCUCAUUACGGUUGAUCUUCAGCAGGCAGACCGGGAGGCCGUCACUCGCGAGCGCGUUCAGAAGUUGAUCUCUUGCUGGUCCGAUGCGGCCCUGGCGCUUGACUCUACAUCCCACAUUGCAACACCAGCCGAGCUUGUUUUGGGGAUUGCCAUUGUCAUGGCCUUGUUCUUUGCGCCGCUCAAGAAUGAUUAUGCUGCAGUGCAAUCACGGAUGGGAUUUGUCCAAGAGGUUUCGGCGCUGUACUUUGUUGGAAUGCUCCAAAACAUCGCCAUCUACCCGAACGAGCGUGAUGUCUUUUACCGUGAAGAACUCGACAACUGCUACUCAGCGGAAACAUUCAUUCUCUCCUACACGGUCAUAGAAAUCCCCUUCGAGAUCGCUUCUGCGCUUGUGUUUGGCGUGCUCGCAGCCUAUGCAGACAAUCUGAAGCGCACGGUGACGAUGUUUCUCGUUGGUGCCUUCAACUGCUUCUGCGUGAUCAGCUGCGGUGAAUCGCUAGGGAUUAUGUUUUGCACACUAUUCUCCCAUGUCGGUUUCGCAGUCAAUGUGACAUCCACUCUGUUAUCCCUCGCGUGCACCCUCGCCGGCGUUAUGAGCUUGAAUGUCAAUGAGGCGUUGGAAGGAUUCAACUAUCUCUCGCCGGUCAAAUAUUGCGUUGCCAACAUGGCACAUUAUUCCCUUCAAGGGCAACAUUUUGACUGCUCGGCCGCGGAGAGACUUGCGGACGGGAACUGUCCCAUCACUACCGGCGAACAGGUGCUAAAGCUCUACAAUUUGGACAAGAAUGGACCGAUGAAUAUUAUGGCUCUUGGAGUUUGCACGAUUAUCUACCGAUUUAUCGCGUAUGCGUUCUUGAAGGCAAUGCGAUCCCACCGUGUGAUGGAGACAUGGCGCGAGUGGCGCCUUUCUCGAAAGAAUCAUUCCCAGCAGAGCGGAUGA